UCACUGGGUCCCAGCCGGCGAUUCCCUGCCAGCACUCAGUGAUCUUCAUGAAAAGCUGACAGGGAAGAGAUCUGUGUUUUAAACAACACAGCAGAGAAAUACAAAGCAGCAUGUCUUCCUUGUAAAACAGCACAUAAUGUUAAACACACACAGCACACAGUUAAUCCUUUGAUCACCCCACAUGUUAACCCCUUCCUGCCCAUUGUCAUUAGUACAGUGUCAGUGCUUUUUAUUAGCACUGAUCACUGUAUUGGUGUCACUGGGGAUGUCAGUGGCCGUUAGUCAGUUCCCACCCAGUGUUAUAAUGCCCGCUGCAGUUCUG